AUGGCCAAAAAGACACGCAAGGGCGUUGCAGCGGCCUCCUCGAUAGCUGACAUCGACGCCGCCGGCAUCAAGCUCGUCCAGCCGGACCGCUCGGCGCCCCAGGGCAAGACCCUGCUCGACUUUGCCGGCGACCAAAACCUCUUCCAGCAGGCUGAUGCCCGCCAGCGGCAGCUCAACAAGGAGAGGGGCGUGCCGAAGAAGGCUGGCGAAGCAGACAGCGACAACGACGAUGAUGACGACGAUGACGAGGACGAGGACGAGAACGACAACGAUGCGGCCACCGUCUCUCCACGCGCCGAGCGUAUCCUCGACACCAUCCUGUGGUGUGUCAGCCUCACCAUGCUACACUUCACCCUCGAUGUGCUCGUCCAGAACCAGUACGCCGUCGAGAUCGAGUGGCACGUCGUCAUCACGCGCGCCCUCCAGGCCCUCGGCGUCUUUUCCCUCAUCUUUUACAACCUGCACCGGCACCCGUCCGAUCCGCGCCUGCUGCCGGGCCUGCCCACCCGCUUCCAGGACCCGCUGCGGCAGCUGCUCUUCUUCGUCACGAGCUCGGUGACUGGCUGCUACCUGGUCCACAUCACCAACGAGUACAGCUACAUUGCCGUCCUCAAGCAGGCGCCGCCGAUUGGAUGCUUGUGGGUGUGGGCCGUGAUUGAGCUAGAUCUCAAAUGGGCGGUGCCGAGCCUCGCCAUUGCCGCCGGCUACAUGAAGCUCAUGGGCUACACGAUAUAG